CUCGAUUCUUGAAUCAUUCGCAAACUUGCGUAUACGACCGAUUCGAGCGAUCGAAGAUGCGAAUACGUUCGUUAACUGCUAUUCUCGAACAAAAGAUUCGUGUAUUCGAAACUGAGAUAGGAAUCGUGCGUAUACGCUUUCUUACGAACAUGAAUUAGAUUUGGCAACAGUGUAAAUACUAACCUAACUGAUAUUUUGUACAUGUAACCUCUUUGCUCUGCUCAUUAUUCUACAUGUGUCAAAUAUCUCACAACCAUGGAUAAAACUGUGGAUAAAAAGAAAAGAAGCGGUAAUAUAUCUGAAGAGCAAAGAUGUUUGCUCAUUGAAUUUAUGAAAGCUCAUCCAGAGUUAGUAUCUGGAAAGUUUUCUAAAACUUUUACGUACGAUCAUGCCGCAAAGUUAUGGCAAGACGUGACCGAAAUUUUGAACGCUUGUAAUGGUGCUAAGAAAAGUUGGAAAUUAUGGCGCAAGUGUUGGCAAGAUUAUCGCUCUCGCAGUAAAACGAAGCAAGCAGGAAUAAAUAUGGAACGGCGUAAAACUGGAGGUGGAGCACAGUGUAGCGCAGUUCUUACACCAGAUGAAGAACAAGUAUUAGAAUUAAUUCCAUCGUCAUUAACAAGGGGCCAUGCAGAUGUUUUGGAGUCAUGUAUGGAUACAACUUUGGACGAAGAGGAUGAUUUGAAUGACUUGCCAUUAGCGGAAACAGAAGACGUAGAAUUCCUUGAUAAUGAUUGUGAUGCCAGUCAAAUUUCAUUAACUGCUUCUGCUACACAGACAACCAUCGAAACAUCAAAUGUUAAUAACAACGAUGAGGAUAUCGAAAAUUAUGAUCCAUCUACGAGUACAAAGUCGAAACGAUCAUCCUCAAGGCAAAAGGUUAACGAAAUAAAAGAUUCUACGCGUACUAUAGCCGAAAUUGCAGAAAAGACAUAUUUUUUAAAGAAGAAAUUCUGCGAAGAGGUUAUACAAUAUAAGAAAAAAACGGCCGAAGCUCAAGAACGAAUAGCAACUGCUGCAGAGAAAUGUGCAACAGAGAACUGCAAAAUAAUGUGAUUAUUUUUAUAAUUUAAUAAUUUUUACUUUUUGUUUUUUGAACAUUAUUUAGCUUCAAGAGUAUUAUUUCUAAAGAAAUGUUUUUUGUUAAAUUUUAAGUUUAUAACAUUAUACCUGUAAUGUGAUACAUGAUGACUGAUUACUUUUAUGUUUAUUCACGCAAGUAAUUUUAAUUUACAAAAUAAAUAAUUACUAGUCGAUAUUUUUAUUUGUAAGUAACGUUUUAUUGUGAUACUCAUAUGUAUAUAAGUGUUAUUACCAAAGAUACCAAAUAAAAGUAUUAUUAUCAAAGAAAA